AUGUCUGCAGAGCCCACGCUGGAUGCCAGCUCAGGCAGGAGAGCUGUGCAGUGCUCGUUCAGCAUUGAGAACAUCCUCGCCAGCCCGGCAGAGAGGAGCCCCCAGGUUCUGGUUCCACUCUGCCUCCAGAGCAUCCUGGACUGUGCACCCAAGGGGCUGUGCGAGCUGGAGGGCAUUGCCCUGCAGGAGGAAGAGGACGAGGAGGAGGAAGAAGAGCUGGAAGGUGCGGCUUGUAGCUGCUGCUGCUGCUCCCACACGGGCACACGGCCUCUGCAGGACCCUCCAGGUUGGCUGGACACCAGGUUCCCUUGGCCCAUGCGACUGCUCCACUCGGCGGUCAGAGGCUGCAAGAGCCCCCAGGACAGCCCCAGCGAGCUGCAGGCCUUCCAGCAGAUCCAGCGCAGGACGCGCCGCCAUCGCACCAUUUUCACUGAGGAGCAGCUGCAGGCCCUGGAAACACUUUUCCACCAGAACCAAUACCCAGACGUCAUCACCAGGGAGCACUUGGCCAACCGCAUCCACCUGAAGGAGGAGAGGGUGGAGGUCUGGUUUAAGAACCGUCGAGCCAAGUGGAGGCAUCAGAAGAGAGCAUCUGCCUCGGCAAUGGUCCUGCAGGGCAGCGCAGAGCCGCCCAAGGAGAGUUGCUAACGGCCC